GCCGAAGGGAGCCCACAGAGAGGAGCUGGAGAGAACUCUUCCCACAACCACCUACUCUGUUUGUAGCUACGUUAGCUCUCUCAUUAAGUUACUUUACCAGCCUUGUUGUUAGACCCUGCUGGACGCACUGAAGCAGAGGGGCUCUGUCAUUUUCACAGCGACACAGACGGGUAGAGAAUUCGGCGAACUAAGUAGCAUUUCGGGUGGAUGAAUGCAGUGGAGAUGUGUAAUAAACUGCAUUGGACACUAAGGACCUACCAGUCUGCCAGUCUAUCAACUGACAGCUGUCACCACACCUAGCUGCCCAGCUAGCUGGCUAAGUGAGCUAACGGCUAACAAGUGUUUUUUCGGGCUCAUAGCCUGGCUAAUUUGGCCAGCCAGCCAGCGCCACUCUCGACUCAGAGUGGAAAGGAGUGACUUCUGCAUAAAGGUUAUAUUUUAUUAUUUUCUCAGCAAUAUUUAACUCCGCCUGCUUUUCAAAUCAUGAGUUAGCCAAGGAGCGUCGGCCAACCGUGUUGGGAAUAUUUUUGAGGUCCAGCUAGUUAGCUAGCAUUUAGCUUGAAGCUAGCUAGCAGCUUUCAUUCAAUUAUUGGAAAACUGCUUAAGCGUUAACAGGAACACCUAAGCGAACAGGGACUGGGUGCAUCCAACCAUAGUUUUUGUUAGGAUACAGAUACAUUUUUGGACUUGACCGUGUCCUGGAUAACAGUAGGAAGCAAUGAAGAAAUUUUUUGAUUCUCGUCGGGAGUUAGUGAGCUCCGGGCCUGGUUCCGGAGCCGGUGGAGGAGGCGCUGGUUCCGGCGGCGGUGGCAGCUUUAUCGGACGGGUCUUUACCAUUGGAAGAUAUCAAGUCACCGUCGAGGAAAUUGUGGCAGAAGGAGGUUUUGCAAUAGUUUUUUUGGUGCGGACUCAUCAGGGUGUACGUUGUGCACUAAAAAGGAUGUAUGUCAACAAUGAACAUGAUCUACAGAUCUGCAAACUUGAGAUCCAGAUUAUGAGGGACCUAGUGGGCAACAAAAACAUAGUUGGUUUCCUGGACUCCAGCAUAACUGCAGUUGGAGCUGGCGAUGUGUGGGAAGUCCUAAUCUUAAUGGACUUCUGUCGAGGUGGGCAGGUGGUUAACCUAAUGAACCAGCGGCUACAGACAGGCUUCACUGAACCCGAGGUGUUACAGAUCUUUUGUGACACAUGUGAGGCGGUCGCUCGUCUGCAUCAGUGCAAAACUCCAAUUAUACAUCGAGAUCUUAAGGUAGAAAAUAUUCUUCUGCACGACCGGGGACACUACGUGCUCUGUGACUUUGGAAGUGCUACCAACCGCUUCCAAAACCCUCAGACAGAGGGGGUGCCAGUUGUGGAGGAGGAAAUCAAAAAGUACACGACUCUGUCAUACCGUGCUCCAGAAAUGGUCAACCUCUACGGUGGAAAGAUCAUCACAACAAAGGCUGACAUUUGGGCCAUGGGUUGUUUACUCUAUAAACUGUGCUACUUCACACUUCCUUUUGGGGAGAGCCAAGUGGCUAUCUGUGAUGGCAGCUUCACAAUCCCAGACAACUCCCGCUACUCCCAGGACAUGCACUGUCUCAUUAGAUACAUGCUGGAACCUGACCCAGAUAAGAGACCAGACAUCUACCAAGUAUCUUACUUUGCCUUUAAACUGGCUCGACGAGAGUGUCCAAUCCCAAAUGUACAUAAUUCGCCCAUUCCUGCAAAACUUCCUGAGCCUAUCAGAGCCAGUGAAGCUGUGGCCAAAAAGAGUCAAACCAAAGCCAGGCUUACAGACCCGAUUCCUACCACAGAAACCUCAAUUGCACCUCGACAAAGGCCUAAGGCUGGCCAGGCUCAGCCCCAGCCGAUAUCAGGCAUUCUACCCAUCCAGCCAACUCUCACCCCACGCAAGAGACCCAAUGUGGCUGCUGGAGCAUCCCAGGCCAUAGGUGUUGGUAUCAGUGUCCCACCUCCAGUUGCAGCUGCUGUCCAACCUGCUCAACAGGCUCCCACUGCACAGGCUGCACCGCAGCCAGCUCAGACAGCAAACAUGCAGCCACAGGCUACACCACAGCAUCACCAGCUCCUCAUGAAGCAGCAGCAAGCUUCAGCCUUCUUAAGCCCACAGAGUAACCAGCAGCAUCAACAGGUACAGAGUCUCCAUCACCAACAGCAGCAACAACAAACAGCAUCUCAGGCGUCUACCCUGCUGCAGUCCAAAGCUAAACCUGUUCCUCCAGUUGUUACCCUGCAACUGCAGUACCAACAGCAGCAGCAAAUAGUACAUGAAACAGCAGCUCCCCAUCUCAUGCCCAUCCCUGAGUCUGCAGUCAUUGGUCCUGCAGCUGACCAAGAGGCGGCUGGCCGAGGAAUUCACAAAGUCGGCUCCUUGACACCUCCCUCGUCGCCAAAGACCGCUCCUAAGAGUGGCCACAGACGCAUCCUGAGCGAUGUCACCCACAGUGCCGUGUUUGGGGUUCCAGUCAGCAAGUCCACCCAGCUACUUCAGGCAGCCGCAGCUGAGGCCAGCCUCAACAAGUCCAAAUCGGCCAGCACUACUCCCUCUGGCUCCCCCUGCUCAUCUCAGCAGAGUGUGUAUCAUCCAGGUGAUGGCAACACCCCAUCAGCCCUCACUGCACCCAGCACUCAGCCCAGCUGGAACCCCUUUGGGGAUGAUAAUUUCUCCAAGCUAACAGCAGAGGAGCUGCUGAACAAAGACUUUGCAAAGCUAGCUGAGACUGCUGCACCAGGGGAGAAGAUCACAGGCUCCAGUGAAAAUCUUAUUCCAGGGCUCAAUGCUUUUCCAGAGAAGCUGAUUGAGGGACUGAAGUCCCCUGAAAUUUCUCUGCUCCUCCCUGACCUCUUAACCCUGGCUGACCCCUUCCAUAGUUCUGCAGAGAGCUCUACCAAUGCAAAGGCAGAGGUGUGUGUGGAUUCACUGAUUCCUGGUUUGGAAGCCCCCCAGGCCCAGCGACAUUCAGCCCAGCCAGAGCUCAUCCCUGCCAGCUUGCCAGACUCUCUCACUGGUGAGGACUCUCUGCUGGGUUGCGAUCUGUUAUCUCAUACUUCCCCUCACGGAAACCAGUCUGUCUCUGCUCUGCCCUCCUCCUCCUGCUCCUCUGCUCCUCCUGGCUCCGGCUCUGGAUCCUGUCUGGAGGAGCUGCCGCCUGGUCAGACAGCUUCUGACUCUGCUUUCCUCAUGUCGUGUGGGGAGAAGGGCAAUGACGACGAGUUUGAUCCUAUUCCUGUGCUCAUCUCCAAAAACUCAAAUCAAGAUCUUCAAGGAGAGAGCAAUGGCUACUCUGUGCUUGGAGAGGGACAAGAGACUGAACCUCCAGAAGGAGAAUCGCAAACAAACGAGGGCUGUGUGCACUCCAGUGAUGAAGAGGAGGAGAAAGAAGUCCAUAAGGAAGAGCAGCAUGAUGGGAGAGCCAUUGAGAGUCAUGUAGCAGUCCAUGAUUGCACUGGCUCAAGGCCUCUGCUGAUGGACUCUGAGGAUGAAGAGGACCAAGGACCUCAGUUAGCCCUUCACAGCACAGUACCAACACAACCAUCCACUACCUUCCACCAACCUACUCCAAGCACUUUCAGUCAGAAUCAUUCCCAGCAUGCACCCGAGCCAGCAAAGGGGACAGAUGUUGCUGCAGAUGUCUUCUCAAAAGCCCCAUUCCGGAUUGUGCAAGAAGACGCCGGCGAUGUGUUUGCCAAUGCUCCGUUUCCACGAGCCCCCCUUACAGCUCAGCAGCAGCAGCAGCUUGAUGUGUUCUCUCAGGCUCCCUUUGGAAAAAGAAAGGAGGUUGCAGGAGCUCAGCCCAAGACCUCCUACCCUCAUGCAGGUGGAGUUCAUGCUGUAAACCCAGAUCAAGAUGUGUUGGGACAAGUUCCCCCUCAACCAUUCCGCCCUCAAGCCCUGGCCAAAUAUUCCCGGCACUUUGAGGGACCUGUGCCCCAGCAGCAGCUAGUAGCAGCUCAUAGGGUAGUGUCUAAUGUGAGCAGGCAAGCCGCUGUGGCAUCAGUCCCUGUUGGACCUCUUCACUCAUGGACAUCAGAAGUGGGCGCUGUAGACCCCUUCGUAUCUGCACCCUUUCACCUCAAGGCUCCACAAGAAAAGCCCUGACCACCCCACACUCAAGAGGUCAGGGCAGCAGGUGUCGGUGGCCACUGAAUUAUGCAAACUAACAGGCAUACUGCAUGCUGUCACCAGCGCUGCAGCUGGACUGCAGGCCUGCAUGAAUCGCAUUCUCAACUGGCUCCAAUUAGAUCUGAUAGUGCAAGGUCAUCUUUACACUUGAAUGCUCCAUCAGAGUAAGAAAACUGACAUCCUUCCCAAACUCCUUAGUCACUUUUCAUUUUUCCUAUCACAUUCUUUUACCUUGUUGAAUUGUCCUUAAUCCUUUUGGUACGUACAUCUACACAAAGACCAUAUAGUGGUCAAGCAUUUGAUUGUUUUCUUGCCUACCUCAGUUACUUUUUAUGUGAGCGCUAAAACACCACAAAAGUGAGGGAGAUUGUCUGAGGCUUUGGCAGAUUCAUUUCCUGCAUAUUUGAGCUUUACUGUGAAACUACGAUCUGAUAAUGCCUUGUUCCUCCAUUGUAUUGGGUCGCAGAAAGGACAGUUUCAGCUUGAAUCACAAGAUCAUAACUUCAGAGAAACCUGAAAGAGUAAAAGACACAGUGGUAGCACUAUUAUUGAGUGAAUUCUACAAUUCUACAGUCUCUGAACACUACUGUAAAGGAUUUGUGACAAUGUUUUGGUGGAAUUCAUCUGUAACAAGAAAUUUGUGAAUAGUCUUACAAUUGGGCCCUUAAAGUCUAGAGUUUUGGGAGCUGUGGUCUUUAUGCUUGACAGUUUAUGAAGCAGAUGCUGGAUAAUGAUGCAUAGACAUUUCAAAGAUAACAUUUGUUGAUGUAAUUUUUUGUUUUUUCCCAAUCCAAAAUGUUUGCAUUUUUUGUCGUGUAUUAUCUUUGUGGUCACUGUCCUGUCAGUGUUUUUGCCAUGUAAUGUACGAACCUUAUAUAAAUGUUAGGCAUAGAAAAUUCAUAAUUGUAGUUCCUAUGUUAUAUAGUAGAAGAGUCACUCUUCUUUUUUUCUCCUUCCUUUUACAAGAUGAUAUCUCUGAAGCUUUACACUCUUACAGUACUUCCCUCCCACCACACCAAGGUGCAUAAAUCACUUUUACCUUUUGUGUCCUAAAAAACUGCUGCAUUUACACCAUUUUAUUGCACUUGCAUUCAGCACCAAAUACUUGUGUACAAUCAUGUACAACUUCCGUUUGCUGUCUGCAGUAUGCAUAUGCACCUAGAUUUUCAUUCAGCAUCUUUAUCAGUACACAUCUCUAUAAAUUUUAAAUGUGUAAUAACUGUGACUCACACUUAACAAACAACUGAAGUGAAAACAAUGCUUUCCUGCAGUCACACAAAUAUCUACAGCAAAUAUGCUUUGCAGUUCCAGUCAGGGAUUGUAAUAGUAGUAUCUUGUAAGUGAAAUCUUGAAUGGUGACUGAUUGAUAACAUUCCUUUUGAGUUUAUUUCCAUUGCCAUUUGGAAAUAUUUUAUUGUCUUUGUGCUUUGUAAAAUCAUGGAAUGCUUUUUGCUUCCCACCAAGGCACUUUUAAAAAAGGGGAUCCGACCUGUUUCAACCCAAAGUUAAAUUCAUGUAUUCCUCUGUUGCAAUGUAAAAUCUUGUUUUCUUUCUUUUUUUGAAGUAUACAAUCUUUUUUUUUUUUUUUUUUUUUUUUUUAAGUGCUCACUUUUCCUCACCCAACAUGUAUACAUGAAGGUUGCACAUAGUCACUGACACAGAGUCAGGGUUCUCUAAGAAUGUGGUUUGGAAGGUUUGAUUGUAACACAGCUGUAAAGUUCAUUUGCAUAGGAAAUCCUUUGGAGGAUUCAGCAGCUGAUGAUACUGUUGGACAAAAAAAGCACUCAAAACACUUAUGCUGCACAGCCUGCCUUUGAAAACCAUGUUGUAAGACAUAAACAAAAUAUUAAAUGAAUGUAAAUCAUA